AUGGCUGCUGCUACAAAAUCACUCAAGUGUGUUGUAACUGGUGACGGUGCAGUUGGAAAGACUUGUUUGCUUAUUAGUUAUACCACGAAUGCCUUUCCUGGGGAGUAUAUUCCUACUGUCUUCGAUAACUACUCUGCCAACGUUAUGGUAGAUGGGAAGCCGAUCAGUUUGGGCCUUUGGGAUACUGCCGGGCAGGAAGAUUACGACCGUCUUCGCCCUCUAUCAUACCCUCAGACAGAUGUGUUUCUUGUUUGCUUUUCGAUUGUCAGCCCGCCAUCAUUCGACAACGUUCUGUCAAAGUGGUUCCCAGAGAUUUCCCACCACGCACCCAAUAUUCCUAUAAUCCUUGUCGGUACUAAGCUGGAUCUUCGUGAUGAUGCGAAGACAGCACAAGGGCUUCGUGAGAAGCGGAUGGCACCAAUCUCCUACCCCCAGGGUAUGCAGAGAGCUAAGGAGAUCAAUGCUGUUCGGUACUUGGAGUGCUCAGCGCUCACCCAGAAGGGUUUGAAGAAUGUUUUCGAUGAGGCCAUCAGAGCUGUCUUGAUGCCCGCCCCCAAGAAGAAUGUCAAGAAGGGCUGCACCAUACUAUAG